UGGUAACACUGCUCACAUACACGCACACCCCCUCCCUGUUAUUAUUGUUUGCUCUUGUCAUUGCUCUUUGGAGAUCCGAGUCGCGCGGAAAAUGUUUGCUAACAAAUAGUCCCGAGUCGAAACUAUUCAAAUUAGCCAUCUCGUCCGUUUGGUGAAUGCGGAGCAAGAGUACAGUCGGUGCGGGAAUGAGCCAGACGCCCGUUGGUGCUGAUAGUUUUGUUAUUGUUGCAAGAGAGGCGGCCAAGAAAAAUCUGUGUUAACAAAAACAAAGGUUCAUAGGACGAGUCUGCGAUGAGCCGUCUCCUCGAGAAGCCCAACAUCGCCAUGUCCAUCAAGUCAACGGGUAGUCAGCUGUCGAGCUCAGUUUCCACAGCGGCAGCGACGUCCUCCUCGGACGUGGAUGAUGCCGAUGGAGAGAGCGCGUCCCGCACAACGCCACACACCUCCAUCACACCGGAUCACACCUCCCAAACAGUCACCGCCAGAGCCCCGUCUACUCCUAUGCGCCAGAAAAUUGACCAGGUGCUGAUCAGCCUGGUGUCCGGAGCAGCGGCGGGCGCCCUAGCCAAAACCGUCAUCGCGCCGCUGGAUCGGACCAAGAUCAACUUCCAGAUCCGCAACGAUGUACCCUUCUCGUUCCGAGCCUCGAUGGUUUAUCUGCAGAACACCUACACCAAGGAGGGUGUCCUGGCCCUCUGGAGGGGGAACUCUGCCACUAUGGCCAGGAUUAUUCCCUACGCGGCCAUUCAGUUUACGGCGCACGAGCAGUGGCGACGUAUCCUGCAAGUGGACAAGGAUGGCUCAAACACGAAGGGUCGCCGCUUCCUAGCGGGCUCCCUGGCGGGCAUCACCUCACAGUCGCUGACGUAUCCCCUGGACCUGGCUCGAGCGCGCAUGGCUGUCACGGACCGGUACACAGGCUAUCGAACGCUGCGGCAGGUCUUUGUCAAGAUCUGGGUGGAAGAGGGUCCGUCGACGCUAUUUCGGGGCUACUGGGCCACAGUGCUGGGUGUGAUUCCGUACGCCGGCACCUCCUUCUUCACCUACGAGACACUCAAGCGUGAAUACCAAGAAAUGGUUGGCAGCAACAAACCCAAUACUCUAGUCUCGCUGGCUUUCGGGGCGGCGGCAGGUGCCGCGGGUCAGACCGCCAGCUAUCCACUGGACAUUGUGCGCAGAAGGAUGCAGACGAUGCGGGUGAACACAGCGCAAGGCGACCGCUAUCCCACCAUUUUAGAGACGCUGGGGAAGAUCUACCGCGAGGAGGGCAUCAAGAACGGCUUCUACAAGGGACUUAGUAUGAACUGGAUUAAGGGCCCCAUUGCCGUGGGCAUUAGUUUCUCCACCUAUGAUAUGAUUAAGGCCUGGCUGAUAGAGCUGUCUCAUUUGAGGAAAAACAGUAACAAGAACUAGCCAGUAUUCAGUUCGAACUGCGUCCAUUUUCCCCUAAAAACACACACCAAAAACGCACUGCUUUGUUCUCUGAUAUGAAAGUCCCAUGAGAUCGAUGGAGAUCUUAGAGCAGCACCGAAGUGCAGCACCGACAUGCUCUAAUUGUUAGAUAUUUUUAGUUGUUAGAUAUGAGAGGGGAGUGAUAGAGGGCGUACCAGCAAGCGCUUACCUUUGUUAUUAACCAUACUUGAUUUAUUAUUGCUUUAAGCCGAAAGUAUAUCAGCCAAUAAACUCUCUGUAUAUCGA